AUGACAACAUUACUUGCAGGAAAGGUCGCUGCCAUCACAGGUGCAGUGACAGGCAUUGGACGUGCCAUAGCCCUCGAGUAUUUGCGCCAGGGUGCAGCCGUCGCUGUAAAUCAUUAUCCAGACACAAAUUCCGAUGACCAGUUCAAGAGCAUGAAGGAAGAGGCUGGUGCUGGUGCAAAGCUCAUUGCCAUACCUGGUGACAUUGCAAAGCCAGAAACUGGAACCGAUUUCAUUUCCAAGACGGUAUCAGAGUUUGGCAGGCUGGAUGUGUUUGUGAGCAAUGCCGGUGUUUGCCAGUUUGCCGAGUUUUUAAGUCUGAGCCCUGAGCUUCUCAAAUCGACCGUAUCCAUCAACCUCGAAGGUGCUUUCUUCGCCGUCCAGGCAGCUGCUCGUCAAAUGAAGGAGCAAUCCCCUCAAGGCGGCAGCAUCAUUGGUGUUUCAUCCAUCAGCGCCCUCGUUGGUGGUGCCGGACAAACACACUACACACCUACCAAGGCAGGCAUUCUAUCACUUAUGCAGAGCUGUGCCUGCGCUCUAGGCCCGUACAACAUUCGAUGUAACGCUCUGCUACCGGGUACAAUCCGUACUCAACUCAACGAUGAAGACCUGGCAGACCCGAAGAAGAGGGAGUAUAUGGAGGGCCGCAUCCCGCUUCGCAGAUUAGGCCAACCCCAUGAUCUUGCUGGACCCGCGGUAUUCCUCGCUUCGAAUCUCUCAUCAUAUGUUUCUGGCGCCCAGCUAUUAGUAGACGGUGGCGCUUUUGUCAAUUUUCAGUAG